AUGAUGGCGGCGGCGCUGGGGCCCCCAGAAGUGAUUGCUCAGCUGGAGAACGCGGCCAAAGUUCUGAUGGCACCACCUUCCAUGGUCAAUAAUGAACAACGCCAGCUUGCAGAGCACAUAUUCUUAUCAUUUAGAGAAUCAAAGUCACCAUUUGCAGUUUGUAAGCAUAUUUUGGAAACUAGUAAAGUGGACUAUGUCCUUUUUCAAGCUGCCACAGCCAUAAUGGAAGCAGUUGUCCGAGAGUGGCUUCUCUUGGAAGAAGGUAGCAUUGAGUCGCUGAGAACAUUCCUUUUAACCUAUGUCUUACAAAGGCCUAACCUCCAAAAGUAUGUUCAGGAACAGAUUCUACUAGCAGUAGCAGCAAUUGUAAAGCGAGGAUCAUUAGAUAAAUCAAUUGACUGCAAAAGCAUUUUUCAUGAAGUCAGCCAGUUGAUAAGUAGUGGCAAUCCCACUGUGCAAACUCUGGCCUGUUCUAUUCUAACUGCACUAUUAAGUGAAUUUUCAAGUUCAACUAAAACCAGCAACAUGUGAUUGAGUAUGGAAUUCCAUGGUAACUUCAAAAGAGUUUUUCAGGAAGAAGACCUUCAUCAAAUCUUCGUGUUAACUGUUGAAGUUCUGCAGGAGUUUAGCAGGCGGGAAAACCUCAACGCACAGAUGUCUUCAGUAUUUCAGCCUUACCUUGCACUCGCCAAUCAAGUCUUGAGCUGGAACUUUUUUCCUCCAAAUUUGGGCAGACAUUAUAUAGCUAUGUUUGAAUCCUCUCAAAAUGUGGUAUUGAAGCCAACAGAGUCCUGGCGGGAGACUCUUCUGGACAGCAGAGUUAUGGAGCUUUUCUUCACAGUACAUCGAAAAAUCAGAGAAGAGUCAGAUAUGGCACAAGAUUCUCUGCAGUGCCUUGCCCAGUUAGCUUCUCUUCAUGGACCCAUCUUCCCUGAUGAAGGAUCACAAAUUGAUUAUCUAGCACACUUCAUUGAGGGAUUACUGAAUACUAUCAAUGGAAUUGAAAUAGAAGAUUCUGAAGCUGUGGGAAUCUCCAGCAUUAUAAGCAACUUGAUAACUGUCUUCCCUAGAAAUGUUUUGACUGCCAUUCCAAAUGAACUUUUCUCCUCCUUUGUUAACUGCCUCACACACCUCACUUGUUCUUUUGGGAGAAGUGCUGCAUUGGAAGUGCUUGAUAAAGAUGAUAUGGUCUAUAUGGAAGCAUAUGAUAAAUUGCUGGAGUCCUGGCUAACUUUGGUCCAAGAUGACAAACAUUUCCAUAAAGGCUUUUUUACCCAACAUGCAGUUCAAGUUUUCAAUUCCUAUAUUCAGUGCCACCUAGCCACUCCAGAUGGCACAAGAAAUUUGACUGCCAAUGGUGUGGCCUCUCGGGAGGAAGAAGAAAUAAGUGAACUUCAAGAGGAUGAUCGAGACCAGUUUUCUGAUCAACUAGCCAGUGUAGGAAUGCUAGGAAGAAUUGCUGCAGAACACUAUAUACCUCUUCUGACAAGUUUAUUAGAAGAAAGAGUAACAAGGCUCCAUGGUCAGUUACAACGACAUCAGCAACAAUUACUCUCCUCACCUGGUUCAAGCACUAUUGACAACAAAAUGCUUGAUGACCUCUAUGAAGAUAUUCACUGGCUUAUUUUAGUUACAGGCUACCUCUUAGCUGAUGAUACUCAGGGAGAGACUCUGCUAAUACCUCCAGAAAUAAUGGAAUAUUCAUCUGAAGUUGACAUUAAUACAACACUUCAAAUUUUGGGAUCUCCAGGAGAAAAGGCUUCUUCCAUCCCGGGGUACAACAGAACGGAUUCUGUGAUUAGGUUGUUAUCUGCCAUUCUAAGAGUUUCAGAAGUUGAAUCUCGUGCAAUAAGAGCAGAUCUCACACAUCUACUAAGCCCCCAAAUGAGCAAAGAUACUGCAUCUAUUGUUUGGUUUUUAAAAUGCUGGGCAAAGACUUAUCUUCUGGUGGAUGAAAAACUAUAUGAUCAGAUAAGUCUGCCAUUCAGUACAGCAUUUGGAGCAGAUACGGAGGGUUCUCAGUGGGUUAUUGGCUACGUCUUACAAAAAGUCAUCAGUAACCUCUCGGUCUGGAGCAGUGAGCAGGACCUGGCAAAUGACACCGUGCAGCUCCUUGUCACUUUGGUGGAAAGAAGGGAAAGAGCAAACUUAGUAAUUUAGUGUGAAAACUGGUGGAACUUAGCUAAAAAGUUUGCAAGCCAAAGCCCACCUCUUAAUUUCUUGUCAAGUCCCGUGCAGAGAACACUGAUGAAGGCUCUAGUCUUAGGAGGUUUCGCACGUAUGGACAUGGAAACCAGACAACAAUAUUGGACAGAGGUCCUUCAGCCACUUCAGCAGAGAUUCUUAAGAGUGAUAAACCAAGAAAACUUUCAGCAGAUGUGUCAGCAAGAAGAAGUGAAGCAGGAAAUCACCGCCACACUGGAGGCGCUGUGUGGCAUUGCUGAGGCUACCCAGAUUGAUAACGUAGCAAUCCUUUUUAAUUUUUUAAUGGACUUUCUUACCAAUUGCAUUGGGUUGAUGGAAGUUUACAAAAAUACCCCAGAGACUGUCAAUCUCAUUAUAGAAGUUUUUGUUGAAGUUGCACAUAAACAGAGAUGUUAUCUUGGAGAGUCCAAAGCUAUGAACUUAUAUGAAGCCUGCCUUACUUUGUUGCAAGUAUAUUCUAAGAAUAAUUUAGGGCAGCAAAGAAUAGAUGUUACAGCGGAAGAAGAGCAAUACCAAGACCUACUUCUCAUUAUGGAACUUCUUACUAAUCUUCUUUUCAAAGAAUUCAUAGAUUUCAGUGAUACAGAUGAAGUGUUUAGAGGACACGAGCCGGGUCAAACAGCAAACAGGUCUAUAUCAGCGGCGGAUGUUGUUUUAUAUGGAGUAAACCUAAUUCUGCCCUUGAUGUCACAAGAUCUUUUGAAGUUCCCCCUUUGUAAUCAAUACUACAAAUUAAUCACAUUUAUCUGUGAGAUUUUUCCUGAAAAAAUACCGCAGCUUCCUGAGGAUCUGUUCAAAAGUCUGAUGUACUCUCUAGAAUUAGGAAUGACAUCAAUGAGUUCGGAGGUUUGCCAGCUUUGCCUGGAGGCCUUGACACUGUUAGCUGAACAAUGUGCAAAAGCACAAGAAACAGAUUCACCACUUUUUCUAGCAACAUGGCACUUUCUUAAGCUGUUUUUUGAUAUGCUGGUUUUGCAAAAGCACAACACAGAGAUGACCACUGCAGCUGGUGAAGCUUUCUACACAUUGGUGUGUUUGCACCAGGCUGAAUAUUCUGAACUGGUCGAAACAUUACUGUCAAGUCAACAAGAACCUGUUAUUUAUCAGAGAUUAGCAGAUGCCUUCAACAAGCUCACUGCAAGCAGCACUCCUCCUACGCUGGACCGGAAGCAGAAGAUGGCCUUCCUGAAGAGUUUAGAAGAAUUUAUGGCAAAUGUUGGUGGUCUCCUUUGUGUAAAAUAA